AUGUCUGAAGAAGAGAAACAGAAGGCCGAUGGUAUGUCGCGCCAACAACAGGUCGACAAGGAAUUUGGCCUUGGUGAUCUCUUGACGACACCGACUCAGAGUCGUCACGUCACGCCCAAGAAACCGUUCACAUUGUGGUCGGCCCUUUCGCUGGGCUUCAAUAUCACCAACACUGGCAUUUCGAUAAUAUUGGUGGUGGGAAACACUGCAUUUGGCGCAGGACCUCUGUUUUUCUACUCAACGCUCCUCAUGGCUGCCGUCACCUUUUGCGUCGCCAUCACUUUAGGGGAGCUGACUUCCGCCUAUCCUCAUGCUGGCGGCCAGUACUUUUGGGCCGCGCAGCUCUCUCCUGCGAAGCAUCGACGGUUUUUCUCCUACAUGACAGCCAUCUUGUCUUGGGCGGCCGUUAUUUGUAUCUGCGCCUCGAGCGCGCAAGCAUCUGCCAACAUCGUAUUCCAGAUGGUCACUCUAAGCCGGCCGGAUUUUGCAUAUCAACGAUGGAUGGGAUUUCUAGCUAUGGAAACCUUCAACAUCCUAGCCGCUUCCCUCACUAUCUACGAAUUCGUCCUCCCUCAAUUAGCUAAGGGCUUUCUGAUCUACGUUAUCGUGGUCACCAUGGCUAUCUUUAUCUGCCUACUGGCACCAUCCUCUCCAAAACAGUCCGCGGCUGAAGUGUUUGGUGCCGGCAAGUACUUUAACCUUUCUGGAUGGCCCAAUGGUAUGGCCUUCCUCAUUGGGAUGAAUGGUGUGAAUUGGAGUUUCUCCUGUCUAGAUGCCGCUACCCACCUGUCUGAAGAAAUCCAGCAGCCUCGGAAAAAUAUCCCAAAAGCUCUUAUGUGCAUUACAGGCAUGGGUUGCUUAGUUGGAGUUAUGAUCUCUCUAGGCAUCUAUUUCGCGGCAUUCGACCUUGACAAGACGACCGACAUUAUUGCGCUUCUCAACAUGGUUUACCGUGGUAACCCUACCUGCGCCUAUGUGUUUGGAGUGGCCCUGCUCGGUUGCCUCAUUAACGCGCUAUCUAGCGCUCACGCAUGGCAGGCGCGCAUCACGUGGUCACUAAGUCGCGACAAGGGCACCCCGUUUCACUCCUUCAUGAGCAGAUUGGCACCCGCCCCCUAUUACACGCCCUUAUGGGCCACCCUUUGGGGAGUCUGCUGGGUCGCUCUUUGCGGACUUCUCUAUUUGGCGUCUCUGACUGCCUUCAACGCGUUUAUCUCUGGGGGCGUCCUCCUCCAGUACAUCACAUAUGCUACUCCGGCGGCACUGUUGCUCGCUCGGGGCCGCAAAAGUUUUCACGACCGGGGCCCUUUUUUCUGGCCUCGGUUCGGAUUGGUGGCUAACGUGAUUGUGAUCUUGUGGACAGUCUUGACAUUGGUGGUUUACAGCUUCCCCUAUUUCCUGCCUGUCGCCGCAGACAGUAUGAAUUAUGUGUCAGUCGUGAUGGUCUUCGCCCUCGUCUAUGCCACAGCAUUUUGGAUCGUGUAUGGACGUAAACAUUAUGAAUUGGCAGAUAUUCAUUUGGCCUUAGAUUGA